UCAAAGCAUAUAUUUUUGUAUAGCCAGUGAUGUAAACUACGCGUGCGAUUGUUUAAGGCGCUAUUAUGUGUCAGUGUUUUUGAUAGUUGUAUGAACAUCGCUAUUUACUAGAUUGUUUUAGACAGUUAUUGAGUUAUUGUUUUAAAAUUAUUUAUUAUUAUUUCAGUGAAUAAUUGAUUUUAUAAUAAAAAUAAUACAAUGAGUGGAAAAUCACAAUCAGUAACAAUUACCGCAAAACGGCCUUCAGUGAAUUCUAUUCAACAUCAAUGUGAGUCAUCUGCUCAACAUUUUGGUCUCAUUGAAUAUAUUUAUGAAUCAUGGAGUUCUGUAUCUAAAGAAUUGGAUAUGUGUCAUAAUCAAUCACAUGGAGAUACCCAAAAUUAUCGGAAUGGAGCGUCUGUUACAUAUUAUCAAGAACGGGAGCCCAAUCCUGAGCUUAAAGAUUUUCAGCCAUUUAAUUUGGAAGCAUGGUGGGGUCAAAGAGUAGUUCAAAGUAUUACCAGAAAUACUAAUUCUUAGUGCCAGGUUUCAAAUUACGAGCAUAGCCGAAUACUUAUUCAAAAGUUUAAAGAACAAAAGAAAAUAAGCAUUUUUGUAUUUAGGGUAUUAUUUAUGUGAGUAACUGAAUUAUGUAAUUGAAUCAGUAAUAAUUUAAAGCUCCAAAGAAGUAAAUUAAGUGAAAAAAAAUAAAGAUACUCAUAUAUAUAUAU